CAAAACAGGUCUGGGCUGAAAAAGUAUGGCAGCUGCUGAGGCGGCGGUGGUAUCGUCGUCUUCGGAAACAGACACAGCCCAGGUCCCUGAAACUGCAGGAACAGCCGCAGCCACGGCCGCCACCUCAUCAGCGACGGCUGCAGCCGCGGCGGUUGUGGCCGCCGCCAGGACCGGAUCCGAAGCCACGGUCUCCAAGGCCGCCUUGGCUACUAAGCUGCUGUCCCUGAGCGGCGUGUUCGCCGUGCACAAGCCCAAAGGGCCCACUUCAGCCGAGCUGCUGAAUCGGCUGAAGGAGAAGCUGCUAGCAGAAGCUGGAAUGCCUUCUCCAGAAUGGACCAAAAGGAAAAAGCAGACUUUGAAAAUUGGACAUGGAGGGACCCUAGACAGUGCUGCCCGAGGAGUUCUGGUGGUUGGAAUCGGAAGGGGAACAAAAAUGUUGACCAGUAUGUUGUCAGGAUCCAAGAGGUACACGGCCAUUGGAGAGCUGGGGAAAGCCACCGACACUCUAGAUUCCACGGGCAAAGUAACAGAAGAAAAGCCUUACGAUAAAAUAACACAAGAAGAUAUUGAAGGCAUUCUGCAGAAAUUUACUGGGAAUAUAAUGCAGGUACCUCCCCUUUAUUCUGCAUUAAAGAAAGACGGACAGAGACUUUCCACCUUGAUGAAGAGAGGUGAAGUAGUAGAAGCAAAACCCGCCAGGCCAGUUACGGUAUACAGCCUUUCCCUUCAGAAAUUCCAGCCACCAUUUUUCACAUUAGAUGUUGAAUGUGGAGGAGGUUUUUAUAUCAGAAGCUUGGUCAGUGACAUUGGCAAAGAGCUGUCUUCCUGUGCCAACGUCCUCGAGCUGACCCGAACCAAACAGGGACCGUUUACACUUGAAGAGCACGCCCUUCCUGAAGACAGAUGGACAAUCGAGGACAUUGCCCAGUCUCUGGAGCAUUGCUCGUCUCUUCUCCCGGCAGACUUGGCACUUAAAAAGUCAAAACCCGAGGAGUCUAAUGAACAAGUUUUGAGCUGUGAAUAUAUAACCCUAAAUGAGACAAAGGGAGAGGAUACGAUUAAGGCAUCUUAAGAUUGGCUUGGGAUUGUCAUCAUUUCUUGGUUGACGUUGGAGUCCUGGGUACAGGAUGGCAAGCUACGUGCAAAAGAUGAACAACUGUUUCUUUUUUCCUCCCCGCAUGGUUUUUUUUUUUUUUCCGCAUGAAGAAAAAUGUCCAUCAUUGACAGUUUCUAUGGUGUACAAUUUAUCUGCUCUACAUUAUAAAUAGCCUUGCAGUGACUCGUUCAGCUCUUUGCCUCACUGUGAAAUGUUGUUUUAGGAUGUUAUUAUGUUGUUUGAUUGGAUUCAGGAAAAUCAACCCUCUGAUUUUGAUCUUUCUUCAGUCUUUUCCUGGAAACAGUUGAACACAUUUUCAAAUCAAAGAAAAAGAAACACAAGCUCUGUGUUUCUUUGGCGUCACAAAAGUGAAUGUAAAUUGGUGUUACUUUGACUUUACUUUGGCUUCCUAGUGGCUCUGUUGUAUUGAAAUUCUUAUGUUUGAAAAGGCCAUUAUUUAACGUACAUUUUGGAGUCUACAGUGAUUAACAUUUAUUUGAUAAGGCUUAUACUUUACCAGGUAAUAGCUGCUUGUUUAGCUCUUGGAAACUAAUAAACUUUUACAAUAAAUAUUUGUAAAUAAACCCAAUUAUUGUUGCUACCACUAACAGUGUAACUAGAAGACUAAAUAUUUAGUUAAAUUCCUGUCUACCAUGAGCGCGAAGGACAGACAGCCUUAUAUUUUGGCAGCUACGUGAUCCUUUCCUCAUGAUUUCGUCCACACAGUCAACCGCCCUGUACCAAGUUACUAAAUAGCAUAGUUUUUUAAAAGUAAGCUAAGGAAUGGUCUUCAGUUUAAAAUUUCUUUUGUCUAUUUUUUAGUGUUUAUUUAUACUAGGGCAUUAAGCCCUGUGAUACUGUUGUAUUUUUUUAGUUUGCUUUUUCAAAUUAUAUUUAUACACAUUGAGAUAGCCGCCCUGCAUGUCCAGCUAAUCUCUUCUGCUCUAAAUAUUUUGAAACAGUUAUUCUCAAACAUUUUCAUUCACAUAGUUUACUGAAAGUUCCCUAACCCUUUUUAACAUCAAUUUGUAAAUGUCACAAAAUGGUAAAUUUCAUAUAUAAGGAGUUUUGUUAUGGGAAAGCAAUAUAUUAUACUGCCAGUCUUUGGAAGUGUCCAAAUUCUGCUUCAUUUAUUCAGAUAAAUCUAGUUUUUAAAGGAAGAAUAGUUUAAAAUUUCAUAAGUGAGGUGUUUCUAGAUUUUUAUGGAUUCCCUUUCUUUUAAAAGUAGUUGCUUGUUUGCAAGCUCCAACUCAAAAAUUCUAAAUACGUAAAGUCAUGGGCUUUUAUUUGUAGUUAACUGAAUAUAAAUUCAAAAUAAAAUUCAAUAUAAAAGGUUAUAUAUGCUUCAGUGGAGCAUUUUCAUCACAUCAACAACGUAUUUUAUAUGAAAAUAUUAAAACUAAUUCUGACACACAAAACUAUAAGGAAAAGAGCUUGAUAUCUCAAUACAUUGACAUAAAAUACCAAACACACAAAUUUGUAGGUCAAAAGCUGACAACUUGACUUGUGCCCCGCAGCCUGUCUCGCACGGAAGUGGCGGUGGCUGCCCCGAUUACAGCGGGUCAUCAUGCAUUGCCAGUUAAGGUCUAAACAGAGCGAAAUUUAGGUUUUGGAAAACAAUUGGGGCAUUUCUGCUCUAUUUCUCAACUUAAAAAUUGCCAUGUAUAAUUUACUGAAGGAGAGGAGAGAUUAUAUCUUUUUUUAAUAUUAAAAGCAUUGAAGAAAAUUGCCAAAUAGAAAAAUUACCCACAAUCCUCACCAUCCUGAUGCAGUGACUUCAGAACUUUAAUUCUGUAUUACCAUUUCCCCUUCUCUGGUUUACAGAAUUACAGUCUUAAGUCAUAGAUUUUCUACUCGACUAUUUUUUCAUGUUAUCAGACUCUUUGUAUUUAGUUUUGAUAAUUAUUAUUUUAAUCAAAGGACUUCAUAUUCAGUUUAUUUAAACCAUUACCCGAAUUCCUGAACCCUGAAGUUAUUUUCAAUUUUAUCAGGAUCAGUUCUUGGGAGUGGGAUGAUUAAGGGGAAUAACAACACUUUUAUGCCUCGUCAUACAUUCGCCUAUUACUUUCCCAAAGAGUUAGAACAUUUUACAGGGGCCCCAUCUGAGUGUAUCAGUUCAUUAAAAGUUUACAGCUUUGGGUGGGGGGUUUAUAUGUUGUUGCUAAUGUAGUAGAUAAGAGUUCAAAAUUGCUCUUAUUUGCUUUUGUGUGACUUUUUUUGUAUACUUUGUUCAUUUAUAUAAGUAAAUGUCUCAAUGGUUUCUUUAUACAUUUGUAUGAGUUAUUUCUGCAGUAAAUACUUGGUAGAAGUA